AUGACUGAAAAAGUCGUCGACGACAACAGAAUUGAGCCUCAAUCGUCCAAUGGCGACCGUGAGCAUCCUCUUCACUUCCCCCAGAAGGACCACCUGGACACCACUUCUUCCAAAGCCGUGGACGAUGUGGUUCAUAAUGCGCAAAAGGCCACUGAGAAGGAACACCGAAUGACGCUGUGGCAAGGCAUCAAGUUGUACCCGAAAGCUGUGGGCUGGAGCGUUCUGAUCUCCACGUGCAUCUGCAUGGAGGGUUAUGAUAUUUGCUUACUGAGCAAUUUCUAUGCCUUCCCUCAGUUCCGCAAGAAGUACGGUGAACAGCUGCCCGACGGAAGCUACCAGAUCACUGCACCAUGGCAGGCCGGUCUCAGCAACGGUGCCAAUGUCGGCGAGAUCAUCGGACUCUUCAUCAACGGCUACGUCUCGGAACGGUUUGGCUAUCGGUAUACUGUCAUGACAUGUCUGAUAUUGAUCAUCAUUUUCACUGCUGUUUUCUUUACCGCUCAAACCGUCGUCUCGCUACAAGUGGCCGAGGUCUUGUGCGGCAUUCCCUGGGGUGUCUUCCAGACCUUGACCAUCACGUACGCCAGUGAGGUCUGCCCUGUUGCCCUUCGAGGAUACCUCACCACUUACGUCAACUUCUGCUGGGGACUGGGCCAGGUCGUUGGCAUCGGCGUCAUCAAAGCCAUGCUUCCCCGCGACGACCAGUGGUCAUAUCGCAUCCCGUACGCGCUGCAGUGGAUGUGGCCCGUCCCAUUACUCGUUGGUGUCCUCCUCGCACCAGAAUCUCCAUGGUGGCUUGUUCGAAAGGGUCGGCUCGAGGCAGCAAAGAAGUCUUUGUUACGCCUAACCUCUUUAAACCGUGAGACGGACUUCGAUGCGGAUGAAACGGUGGCUAUGAUGGUCCACACGACCGCGUUGGAAGAGAAAAUCACCAUGGGGGCUUCAUACCUGGAUUGCUUUAGAGGCACCGAUUUGCGACGGACCGAGAUUGUGUGUAUGGUUUGGGCCAUCCAAAACCUCUCAGGCAACUCCUUUUCCAGUUAUUCAACCUACUUCCUGGAACAAGCCGGUCUCAACGACAGUAAGGCGUAUGAUUUCGCCCUGGGUCAGUACGGAAUCAACAUGGCGGGUGUGUUUGGAGCCUGGUUUCUCAUGACGUGUGGCAUUGGUCGACGAGCUCUCUACCUGUGGGGUCUCUGUGGACUGUGCAUUAUGCUCUUCGUCAUGGGCUUUCUGGGGCUUGUCCCGGAGGCGCAUCGCAAAGAGGCUUCCUUGGCCACCGGUUCCAUGAUGUUGGUUUGGGCGCUUUGUUACCAACUCACGGUCGGAACCGUGUGUUACUCGCUCGUCGCCGAGCUGUCCACCCGCCGUCUACAGAUCAAGACGGUCGUAUUAGGCCGCAACCUUUACAACAUCGUGGGGAUCGUCUGCUCGGUCUUGACGCCAUACAUGCUCAACCCAGGCGAAUGGAAUUGGCGCAACUACGCCGGCUUCUUCUGGGGUGGCAUGUGCUUCUGCUGCAUCAUCUACACCUACUACCGUGUUCCAGAGCCGGCUGGCCGUAGCUUUGCCGAGUUGGAUCUCCUCUUCGAACAGCGUGUGAGUGCGAGGAAAUUCGCAAGCACCAAUGUCGAUGUCUUCGACGAGACGACGGUGCAUGACACAGUCGAAGGAACGGGCACUUUGCGAAACUACGAACAGAAGCGUGGCAGUCUUGUGCACGGGGACGAGAGUGGUAUGCCUUCACGAUUGGUGCACUGA